AUGCCACGUCCAAGACCCAGCAUGAGCGAAGUUCCCUGCAGAAAACGUGAUGACUAUCUUGAAUGGCCUGAGUAUUUCAUGGCGGUGGCCUUCUUAUCAGCACAGAGGAGCAAAGAUCCAAAUUCCCAGGUCGGUGCCUGCAUCGUGAAUGCAGAAAACAAAAUCGUGGGCAUCGGGUACAACGGGAUGCCAAAUGGAUGCAGCGAUGACCUCCUGCCUUGGAGGAGGACAGCGGAGAGCAUCCUGGAUACCAAGUACCCUUACGUGUGCCACGCGGAGCUGAAUGCCAUUAUGAACAAAAACUCAGCAGACGUGAAAGGCUGUAGCAUGUAUGUCGCCUUGUUCCCGUGUAAUGAAUGUGCUAAGCUCAUCAUCCAGGCAGGGAUAAAAGAAGUCAUUUUCAUGUCUGAUAAAUACCACGACAGCAAUGAGACUACAGCUGCAAGGCUCAUGUUUGAAAUGGCCGGGGUCUCCUUCAGGAAAUUCACACCAAAGUGCAGCCAGAUUGUCAUUGACUUUGAUUCAAUUAACAGCAGGCCGAGUCAGAAGCUGCAGUGA